AUGAAUACUUCUAUUAUCUACCACACUGAUGAAAGUGACGUAAUCGAUGAUCUGCUCAGUUCCAAUACAAAUGAGAGAGAUCUUAUCGAUCGUCUAUUAGGCUGUGCCUAUGGACAGGCUUUGGGCGAUGCUUAUGGUCUAGCAACUGAGUUUCAAAAGCGUUCAGAUGUGGCGACUACUUAUCCAGACGGAACUCAAUUAAUUCCUUUUCCAAACUAUGUUCAAAGUCAGCACUCUAGUCGAUGGUCACCUGGUGAUUGGACGGAUGAUACAGAUCAAUGGUUGUUACUCAUGGAAACAUUGAGUGACAGCGAUGGUGAUGUGAAGAUCUUUGCAAGAAAACUAAAUAUGUGGAUUCGGCAUGGUUUUCCUGAAUUGAAUGACUUUGGAGGUUUAGGAUUGGGUGUUAAUGUAGCUAAGGCUGUUCAAACAGAGGGUUUCUUUGAAAAUCCAUUGGAUGCUAGCCGCACAGCUUGGGAGAGCACCGACAGACAAGCAGCACCGAAUGGGGCUGUCAUGCGAUGUUCUGCAUCUGCUUUCGUGCAUUAUAAUGAAAUUGACAAGAUGAAAUCAACAGCUAUUCAGAUGUGUAAAGUUACUCAUUUUGAUCCACGAUGUGUCGCAUCAUGUGUAGCAGUAUGUCUCGCCAUCGCUUAUAUCAUUCAAUCUCCGAAUGAUGAUCUGGAAUUGCUCAUAGACCGAGUUCAAAGAGAGACAUUGGCUACAGUAGGAGAUACUCUUUUACCAGUCUACCAAGAAGAAUUCUUGUGGCAUACUAGUAAAGAUCGGAACCUGGAUGACCUGUGUUUUGACGAUGAGAAGGCGAUUGGUUAUACUUUUAAAUGUUUAGCUGCAGGAUUCUAUGGUUUAAGAUCGACACGUUCUUUCCAAGAGACAUUGAAUGAUCUGAUUCGACAAGGCGGCGAUGCCGAUACGAAUGGAGCUGUAUGUGGAACAAUGUAUGGCGCACGAUAUGGUUACAAAUCGUUGCCUUCCGAAUGGCUCAAGGCAAUGCCCUAUAAGAAAUGGUUCGACAAUAAAAUUAUCACAUAUCUCAAACGGCAAAAUUUACCGUAA